AAAAAGAAUCAGAGAAUUCCAUCGCACAGAAAAUAGAAAAUAAUAAUCACAGUAACAGAAAAAAGCAAAAAUUUCUUUGUGCGAUCACACGCAUACCAUCCAGAGAAAGAACACGAUUCGAUCAUUAAAUUAAACUGCUUUAAUUCUUGAAUGAUUUGGUUAUCUCCGCCGUGAUCUCGCCGAGCAGUUAACCAGUGAUCAGCGAGGUUGAUCCCAAGGACGACGCCUCUAGGGUUUCAAAAAUGGUCAAUUCUAUGGUGGAGAGGGCCACGAGCGACAUGCUUAUCGGCCCCGAUUGGGCCAUGAACAUCGAGAUCUGUGACAUUUGCAAUCACGACCCAACGCAAGCAAAGGAUAUUGUGAAAGGAAUUAAGAGACGACUGAGCAGUAAGAACCCAAAAGUUCAGCUUCUUGCAUUAACACUCUUGGAGACAAUUGUGAAAAAUUGUGGAGACAUUGUUCAUAUGCAUGUCGCAGAAAAAGAUGUCCUUCAUGAGAUGGUGAAAAUUGUGAAGAAGAAGCCUGACUUUCAUGUCAAAGAAAAGAUAUUGACCUUAAUAGAUACAUGGCAAGAAGCUUUUGGAGGAGCAAGGGCAAGGCAUCCACAAUAUUUUGCUGCAUACCAGGAGUUAUUGCGUAUGGGAGCAGUGUUUCCACAGAGGUCUGAGAGGUCUGCACCUGUUAUAACCCCACCACAAUCCCAUCCUUUGGUUUCCUAUCCUCAAAAUAUUCGUAAUGCAGAACCUAGAGAAGAUGCUGCUGAGUCUUCAACGGAGGCUGAAUUUCCAACUUUGAGCUUGUCAGAGAUACAAAAUGCGCGAGGUAUCAUGGAUGUCCUUGCAGAAAUGCUCAGUGCUCUAGAUCCUGGUAACAAAGAGGGGCUUAAGCAAGAGGUUAUUGUGGAUCUGGUGGAACAAUGUCGUACAUACAAGCAGAGAGUUGUUCACCUUGUAAACUCAACUUCGGAUGAAUCUCUUUUAUGCCAAGGACUAACAUUGAAUGAUGACUUGCAACGAGUCCUUGCCAAACAUGAAACCAUUGCUUCCGGAGCUUCUUCUUCCCAAAAAGAGAAACCUAAACAGCCUGAACCUGGUCCACCUCCCCUGAAUGUUGAUGCUCUUCUUAUUGAUACUGGUGAAAGCAAGCCUAUGGACCAAGGUUCUACGUCAAGGUCUAGUUUGGGAUCACAGUUGCUGCUUCCUGCCCCCCCAUUAGCUAAUGAUCCAUCUACGACCCCUGCAAAAGCUGGCCCGAAGAUCGAUCUUUUGAGUGGAGACGAUUUCACUUCACCCCCUGCUGAGAAUCCAUUAGCACUUGUUCCUGUUGGUGUGGUAGAACCUCAGCCAGCUAAUCAAGAUUCUCAGAACAAUGCUCUUGUUCUUGUUGAUAUGUUUUCCAAUACCAACAAUCCUCAUCCUACUUAUUCAGUUAGCCAAACAGGCCCCUCUUCCUCGUCCCCUCAAUUUCCUCAGCAGAAAAAUAUUCAAUCCCCACCACAGCAAUCAUUUUACAGUAAUGGUUCUCCAUCUGGAACAGUGAUACCCCAACAUGAACACCCUCCAUACCCACAUGGAUCUAAUGCCACUGUAUGGAAUGGCCAGAUGACCAGGCAGCAGCAGCAGCCAGCAUCUCCAGUUUAUGGGGCUCAAACAAGUGGUGCAUUCCCACCACCUCCUUGGGAAGCGGAGGCACCAAACGAGGGUGAAACGAGUGGUAGUCCAGUGGCACAAGCUGUUCAAAAUAAUCAGGUUUUGGGAGGUAGUUUGCAGUCUGUGCAUUCACCACAAUCCAAUCAAUUUGUUGGUGGGAGUCCAAAUGCCCCACAAAUGCCAACAAAUCAUUUGGGAGGUAGCCCCCAUGCUGCCACAAUGCAAAACAACCCAAACACUUACGGUUUUCAAUCUUAUGUCAAUGAGCAAGUUGGUGGCAGCAUGUACUCUCAACAGCCCAUGUUGGGGGGGUUUCACCUUCAGCAGCCAAUCCAAAGCGGGGCAUCAAUGGGUAUGUUUCCACAGCAAAUGCCACCUGGUCAAAUGGCAUUUAUGUAUUCACAACAAAUGUAUAGCAAUCAAAUGGCUGCUGCUGGGUAUGGAUAUGGUGGGUAUGGUUAUGGUCAACCACAACAGAAUGCUCAGUUUAUUGAGCAAAGAAUGUCCGGCUUAUCGGUUAGGGAUGAUGGUAUUCCAAAGAGUGGGUCUGGGUCUUAUCAAGUAUCGGCUCCCUCUUAUGUGCCAGCUGGAAAGCCCUCAAAGCCAGAAGACAAACUAUUUGGAGACCUGGUUGACUUGACCAAAUUUAAACCAGCAAAAGGUCCUUCUAGUUGACCUGGGAUCAUGUGAAUGUUCUGUAUGGAGUACUUAUAUCUUACAACAUUUUGUCAUUGUAACUGAAUUAUUAAAAAAAAUCAUUUUUUCUGAAAUAUUUGGGUGCGCUUAUUUUUUCUAAACAUUGUUUAUUUUAUAUCUAUUAGAUGAGAUUGCUUUUCUCAUUGAACAGUUGUGUACAUUUGCAGUACAGUAGAGAAAUGAGAUCCACAGGGGUGAAAGAAAAUUAUAUAAAGACCCUCUGUUUGCUCAGAUAUGAGCAUAUUAUAUAGGAAAAAUUGAUAAUCCCACC